AUGAACAUCGAUAUUGAUGAUAUUCUGGCCGACUUGGAUAGAGACACCACGGCCAUCGACUCUUCUAUCAAUUCACACGCUGCCAAUGAUACCACCAUCCUAGGAAGCGACGGCAUCGACACCGACAAAUUUCGGCAUCUUCCAGUGUUGUCUGCUGUGGGAGAUUUCGAAAAGCUGAUGGCUCACUGGAGAAAUGAGAGAAUGAGCCCCGAGCUAUUGCCUUAUCCGCACUUGCUGAUGGAGCGAACGCUGCGCAGAGUCCAAGAACAGUUGGAACAUAUUGAAUGUGUAUCGAUGGGCUAUUUGGAAGAUCCCAGCGCGGAAAACAGUACUUCAGAGUCAAGCAAUAAUGCACUGUCAAACAAGCUGCCGUUGCUCUGCAUGGAGGCCGAUUUAGAACGGCUCAAAUUUGUACUGCGAAGCUUCCUGCGUUGCAGACUAGCCAAGAUCGACAAAUACAGCCUAUAUCUGAGGCAGUUCAAUGAUGAACAUGUUCUGCUGCCGCUGAGUGAGCUUCUGUCGCGCCAGGAGCUCGAAUAUCACGACCGACACUCUGCAAUUAUGUUGAAACUACUCAACAGGGCUAUUCUUCGACACAUGCCUCCAGAAUUGCAGGCCGUGGACGACAACGACGGGUCCGUCAAAAUGGUCGAUGAGCCAGAGUGGAACCGGUUUGUAUUCGUGUAUGUGAAUGGUCCUAAGGCCAAGCAGGAUUCGGAUCCAAGAUUACAAGUUAACGAGAUGGGUCAGCAAUUCUACCCUGUUACAAUCCAGGAACUACAAGAAGAGGCUGAACUUACGAUAGGUGGUAUUUACGUCAUGCGCUACAACGUCGUGAGAGAUCUGAUAUUAGACGACAUGGUUCAGUUGAUAUAG